CCCUCGGCACUAGCAGCAAGCAUGCCCGUCGACUUGUACAACUCGGCCCUGAGCGCGCCCUGCGCCCUGGUGCGCAUGGUGGCCAAGCACAUCGGGGUGGAGCUCAACAUUAAGGACUUGAACUUUGCCAAGAAGGAACAUCUAACCCCCGAGUACUUGAAGAUUAACCCGUUCCACAAGGUUCCCACAAUCAACGACGGCGGAUUUCUGGUCUACGAGAGCACGGCCGUCUGCCUCUACCUGCUGAACAAGUACGCCCCGGGUAGCGACCUCUACCCUAAGGACCUGCAGAAGCGCGCAAGGGUAGACCAGGUCCUGGCCACGGUGACCAGCUUCGUGCAGCCUCACUACGCGCAGUUCUACAGAAAUUCCAUUAUGCUAAUGAAGAAGCCCACGGCACAGCAAGUCCAGGACCUCGAAGAGACUGCCCUCAAGGGCUUGGAGCAUCUUGCGGGCGACGGCCAGUUUGCCGUGGGGGAUGCGCUCACCCUGGCAGACCUCACCCUGGUGGCGCACCUCAGCUUCACUAUAAUGCUGCCCGUUUUCGACCGCAAAAAAUUCUCUAAACUGGUUUCCUACUACGAACGUGUGACAGCUAAGCUGCCGCACUUCGCUGAGACCAAGACUAUCACCGAGGGGCUGGUGCAGAAAUGGCCGGCCUUGAAGUGAAGACCAAACCCGAGCUUUACUCUGACCAUCCAACUCGGAGC